UAAAUAAACGUGCAGGAAACCCAUACGAAUUGCUAGCUUAAACAAACUUAUUUUGAUUGUUAAUUAACUUAAAUAAUAGCCAAAAUGGCAGGACGUGGAAGAGGAGGCAAAACUGGUACCCUCACGGCGGAACAAAUGGCCAUGUUGGGCUGUACAAAGGAUCUACCCGUACAAACAGCGCCACCGCCUACCUUUCCACCGGUUUUAAACAGGCCUACUACCUUGGAGACAACAGCCACCCAAAACUACCAGCUUCUGUGGAAAGAAGACUUCCUCAACAGAAUGAAGGAUUCACCCUAUUAUAUUGUGUCGGCCAGUCAAGACACUCAAAGCCAGGAGCACAAAGACUGGCGAGAGAAAGCCAUAGAACGCAUGAAACUCAAAGCUCAACCCGAAUUCGACUACAAGUCCAUGCCCCGCGAACUUAAUUUAUCCACCCGCAAGCGUCGUACUGCCGCCGAUGUCAAGCCCAAACUGCUGACUAAGAAAACGAAUAUCGAGGAUAGACUGAAAAUUCUGGAGCAGAAGGAACUAAAGACUGGUGGCGUCGAGGAAGACGAAGUCAAACAGGAAUCUGAUUCCGAGCAGGAAGAGGAGCAAGAUGAUCCUGAGGCGGCGAUGGACGAAGAGAUGGAUGAAGAGAACGACUACGGCAACACAUAUUUCGAUAAUGGUGAAGCCUACAACGAUGAUGACGACAAUCUGGACGAUGGUCCCGUGUACUGAACAAAAAUACAAACAUUCUGUAAAAUAA